AUGUGGUCGUGGUUUGGCGGGGCCGCCGCCCAAAAGCGCAAGGAUGCGCCCAAGAACGCCAUCCUGACGCUGCGUGAGCAGCUGGAUAUGCUUCAGAAGCGCGAGAGACAUCUUGAAAGUCAGAUCGCGGACCAGGAUGCCGUAGCCCGGAAGAAUGUCAACACAGAUAAGAAUGCUGCCAAGAAUGCCUUGCGACGAAAGAAGGUCCACGAGAAAAACCUCGAGCAAACAACGGCACAGAGCAUGCAGCUCGAGCAACAGAUAUACUCCAUUGAAGCGGCGAACAUCAACCAUGAGACUCUAGCCGCGAUGAAGCAGGCCGGUGCGGCGAUGAAGCAGAUUCACGGUGGAAUGACACUCGAGGAUGUCGACAAGACGAUGGAGGAACUCCAAGACCAGCACGCACUCAGCACAGAAAUCGGAAGCGCUAUCGCCAGCGUUCCCAUCGGCGAACAGCCGGACGAGGAAGACCUCGAUGCCGAACUGGAGGGGCUGGAGCAGGAGGCUAUGGAUGCCAAGAUGGUCAACACUGGCUUUGUACCAGUGGGUGCCCAGCUGGACCGGUUACCAGCUGCGGGGAACACAGAUCUCAAGCAACCCGCCAAGGCAGAAGACGACGAGGAAGCCGAAUUGGAGAAGCUCCGGGCAGAAAUGGCCAUGUGA